UGCAACACCUUUAGUAAACACUUCCUGAAGCAGAGACAAGAAUGAACCCUGGGGUUUCGGUCUGUCUCACUUGAAAGGAGGAAGGGGCAGACCAGGAGGGCAGUCUGCUUGAGUGAGAAGAGUGGAUACCAGGCCCCUGGGAGCACCCAGCAUGUGGCAACGGCUUCUUCUGACGGCCACCUUACUCUUUGCUCCACUUCCAGUAAAUUCUAUAAAAGAGCUUCCAGGAGUGAAAAACUAUGAAGUGGUUUAUCCUAAAAGACUUCAUCCACGACAUAAAAGAGAGGUCAAGGAUCCAGGUCAACAGGAAAAUUUUGAAACUGAAUUGAAGUAUGAAAUGACAGUUAAUGGAAAAAUCGCAGUGCUUUACUUGAAAAAAAACAAGAAUCUCCUUGCACCAGGCUACACAGAAACAUAUUAUAAUUCCAGUGGAAAGGCAGUCACCACGAGCCCACAGAUCAUGGAUAACUGUUAUUAUCAAGGACACAUUGUUAAUGAAAAAGUUUCUGAUGCUAGCAUCAGCACAUGUAGAGGUCUAAGGGGUUACUUCAGUCAGGGAGAUCAAAAGUACUUCAUCAAACCUUUAGGCCUCACAAACCAGGAUGAGCAAGAACACGCACUCUUCAAGCACAAUCCUGAAGAACAGAAGACUAAUAGCUCCUGCGGGAUGAAUGACACAAUAUGGGCACCUGGAAUUCAUCUGAAGGCAAUCUCAUCUACCAGUCUGGCUACAUCCAAAGACCAGAAGGCUUGGGAAAAAAAGAAAUAUAUAGAAUAUUAUUUGGUCCUGGACCAUGGUGAGUUUAAAAGGCACAAUCAAGAUCAAGAGGAAAUAAGAAAGACGGUAUUUGAGAUGGUCAAUUACAUCAACAUGCUUUAUAAAAAGCUCAAUACUUACGUGGCCUUAAUUGGGAUGGAGAUCUGGAAUGACAAAGACAAGAUAGAUAUAUCUUCCAAAGCAAGCCUCACUUUAGAAAAUUUUGCUAAAUGGAGGACAGCUGUCCUCCUGAAGAGAAAGCACCAUGAUGUUGCUCAGCUACUCACGACAGUAGCAUUUUCUGGAACAACUGUGGGCCUUGCUUACCUGUCUACAAUGUGCUCUCCUGAUUUUUCUGCUGGCGUCAUUAUGGAUCACAGUGAUGACGCACUUCAGGUUGCAGGAACCAUGGCCCAUGAAAUGGGCCAUAACUUCGGAAUGUUUCAUGACAGCUACAAUUGCAAGUGCCCUUCUAUAGAAUGUGUGAUGGAUGGAUCAUUAAGCAAAAAUAUACCUACAGCCUUCAGUUCCUGCAGCCGGGCCAGCUUUGAAAAAUUCUUUGAAGAUAAAUUAUCCAAUUGCCUCUUUAAUGUUCCACUGCCUACAGAUAUCAUAUCCACCCCGAUCUGUGGGAACCAGUUGGUAGAAAUGGGAGAAGACUGUGAUUGUGGGACCCCUGAGGAAUGUACCAACAUUUGCUGUGAUGCAAAAACAUGUAAAGUGAAAGAAAAUGUUCAAUGUGCAUUCGGAGAAUGCUGUGAAAAAUGCCAGUUAAAAAAGGCUGGUGAGGUGUGCAGACCAGCAAAAGAUGAGUGUGACCUGCCUGAAAUGUGUGAUGGCAAAUCUACUCUUUGCCCCAGUGAUCGAUACCAAAUCAAUGGCUUCCCUUGCCAGGAUGGGAAAGGCUACUGCCGGAUGGGAACGUGCCCCACCCUGGAGCAGCAGUGCACUGACCUCUGGGGACCAGGAGCCCAGGUUGCAGAUAAGUCAUGUUUUAGACACAAUGAAGUUGGGUCAACUCAUGGAUACUGUCGAAAAGUGAACAACACACACAUUCCCUGUAAAGCAGAAGAUGUCAUGUGUGGGAAGUUGUUCUGUCAUGGUGGCUCAGAUUAUCUGCCCUGGAAAGGACGGAUAGCCACAUUCCUAACAUGUAAACUAUUUGCUCCUGAAGACAGCAGAGAAGAAAUUGGCAUGGUAAUCAAUGGAACCAAAUGUGGAGAUAAGAAGGUUUGCAUUAAUGCAGAAUGUGUGGAUAUGGAAAGAACUUACAAAUCAGCAAAUUGCUCCUCUAAGUGCAAAGGACACACUGUGUGUGACCACGAGCUCCAGUGUCAGUGUAAAGAAGGAUGGGCCCCUCCUGACUGCUCUAGUUCUUCCACGGUCUUCAACUUCUCCAUUGUGGUUGGGGUGCUGUUCCCUGUGGCUGUCAUAUUUGUGGUGGUUGCUAUAGUAAUCCGAUGCCGAAGCUCCAGAGAAAAGCAGAAGCUAGUCCAGAGGCCACUGUCUACCAUUGAUACCGGCCUACACAAUCAGAAGAAACCACAGAUGGCGAAGACUGUUCAACCCCAAGAGGACUCCAAUCCAAAAAUCUGAAGUAACACCUAAACAAGUGUUGCCGGGUAAAUGAUCAACUUGGAAGACUGGACAAUCUGGAUGGAAGAGAAAUGUACUUACUUCCUCUCUAUUAUUUGCCAUCAAUACCCAGCAAGGCUACUAUUUCUUGAUUACACUUUAAUGACACAAAAUUUCAAGAGAGACAUACUCUUGAUAGUCUUUGUAUGAAUUAAAAUUUUCUGUUCUCCAUACUUAUGGGAAAGAGGAUGAUUCUAAACAAUGAGCUACGAAGCUGAUAUUUCUAAUUAGGUGAAUUUCCUAAUCUUUCCCACACCCCAUUUUUGACCAUGAUGCUGGCUAAUAUUUGUUACAGGACUUGUGCACCUUUAUUUUCUCACUUGCUAGGAAUUAAUUCACCCUCUAAUGAUAAUAAAAAAUAAGAAAUCACAGGAAACUGGGAGAAAAUUGCACACUCAUCAUUAAAUAACUAGCAACAUCUUAACUGUUUGAACCAUGAAACUGUCAAACUAGAGCACUUAGUUACAAAAAAAAAUUAUAUAAACCUUCUCUGGUUUACAUAAUAUCUUUUUCCUACAUUAUCUUCUGCUGUCCUUAUUAGCUGCGUAAUUGGAAGUUCACUACAACUGAUUAAGCUUUAUUAACUAAAUUUUUAUAGGAAUUUGUAUAAUUCAGUUAUUGGCAAGCAUAAAGUGAACAUUACUAAGUAGAAAAGUUUUAGUUAAAUAAAUUGAUAACAUAAACCAGAAAUAAAUUACUAACAUAAACCAGAGUUUGUAAAUUGGUGACUUGCAGGAUGUUUUUGGACUGCAGAUUUAUUUUAUUUGGCCUGAAUAAUUUUGGCCAAAAAAGUAUUUUCGAGUGUUUUGAAUGUAUUGCCAAUAUUUAAAAAUUGAGAAAUCUUGCAUAAACAUCCAGAUACCAGCAUUUUAAAAGUAAUCAAAUGAUUUGUCAACGCUGCAAUCACAUUGCCAACAGUAACCAUUGGCUUAGUUGACUAGUGAUGGAACAGAGUUGGUAGAUUGCCUACUAAAACUUUCUUCCCUUUCAGAACUCAAUUUUUUUUUUCAUUUUUUCAUAUUAAAAAAAAUCUCUGUAAUAACCUCUAUGGGAAAAGUAUCUGAAAAGGAAUAGAUAUAUGUUGUUCUUCAGUCACUCAGUCAUGUCCAACUCUUUGUGACAUAAUGGACUAUAGCACGCCAGGCUUCCCUGUCUUUUUUUUUCCCCCUGUCUUUUACCAUCUUCCAGAGCUUGUUCAAACUCAUGUCAGUUGAGUCGGUGAUGUUAUCCAACUGUCUCAUCCUCUGUAGAUACAUGAGUGUGUAUGAUUAAAUCACUUAUCCUGUAUACCUAACAUUAACACAACAUUGUAAAUCAGCUAUAUUGCAAUAUAAAAUUAAAAAAAAAUUAAUGGUAAUCCUAACUCCAUCUCCUGAAUAAAUUUCUAUCACAGUAAAUCAAUCACAAUAAUCUCAUUUCCUUACCAAUGGUUGAUUGAUUUGGAGGUGUGUGUACCAUUACUGCAGAUGGAGGAGGCAGAGUUACAGGUGCAUCCACAGUUGGAGGGCUGAGAUUGCAUGCCCACUGCUCUCCGGUUCCCUUGGCCACAACCAUCUCCUGCAGCCAGGAGGCCAGCAUUGUAUAGACUGCCUCCCCUGAAACUACCUGUUCUCUGAAGCUGUGGGCUCAGCUGGAGGGAUCCAGGAUGGCAGGCACGGCAUCUGCUCUUUCCCUUGUUUCGCCUCCUCUGUCUUCUAGUCCACCCACCUUUUAGAAGGACAGCUAUGUGGAAUGCUCUGCUGCCCAUGUGUGUUGGACAAAGACACCUUUGAGUUAUGGAUGUUUUACUGUUUGUAGAUUGAAGGAAAGAGACAAAGGGAACAUCUCACAUUGUCAUGAUGCUGACAUCACUCUUGAAAAGCAUUUAUUAAGGAGUUUUAUAUGCAGAGUUUCCUAAAAGGAAAACUGUGUUUUUCUUAGUUGUCUAAUUCCAUUUAGUCAUUUGCUCUUUUUUUUUUUUAAAUUGUCUUCUUAUCCUUCUUUUUGAGGUAACUGCAUUGAAGUAGGCUUUGGACCGAGGAAUAUUAAAAACAAAACAAACGCAGCAGUAUUUUUGCUGAUGGGACAAGUCUAGAGAUAUGUUAGGGAAUUUCUAAGAAAGGUAUCCUAGUUCUUACUGAAUAAGAUAGAGCAGAAAGAUGAAAAGAAUACAACCUGGUCUUUUAAUGCUGUCAUAAAUUGGUAAAUUAAUAACUGCCUGAGUCAUUGUGUACUUUCUUGGGACUUCUGUUUAUGACCAAUAAAAUUUGUCAAAUUAGAUUUGCUCUUA